AUGGCACUCCUGCCACCCCUCUCAGUCACCCUCAUUGCUGUUCCUCAGCCGCGUUCAGAUGUGCGAUCUGCUGCGCGCUUAUCACAAACUCCUGUGGUUUCCCAUCCCUCGUAUACCUUCACAUGCGCGAUCAGAUCGACGCUUGCUACUAGCUUUGCGCGUUUAUGUCGGCUCCUGCGCGGUAUUUCGCAUCUGCAAUCCGCGUUCCCGUUCAUCCAGACGCCAUCGCAGCGCGAGCAACAGUCGGUUCCUACGAGUAGUACAAUCCAGGACUCAUUCCGCGCGGCCACUAGUCGGAGCCAUUCGCCCGCCACUCUCACUCAAGCCGUUUUCCAGUUCCAUCGGGCCGUUGCAGCCAUGGCGGGCAUGCGCCCCGCAGCGCACUCGGAGCGCGAGCAGCAGGAGGCGGAGCCGCUGCCGGGGCUGAGGCGCACCGUGUGGGGGCAGCUGGACCUCAAGCCGCGCUUCCCCAAGCUCGAGUCGCACGUGCACGCUGACGUGGCGGUGAUUGGCGGCGGGAUCGCGGGGCUGAGCAUCGCGUACCAGCUACAGCGCAAGGGGAAGUCGACCGUGCUGCUGGAGCGCCGCUGCAUUGGUCAGACUCCGUCCCCACCCGUUUUGCUGCAACACUAA